AUGGGACAGGAUUAUUGGGGUGGUGAUGUAAAAAUAAAGCGUGAUGUGACAAAUAUUUUUGAUUGUAUGAAGAUAUGUGAGCAGUCGCUUGAUACUGUUAAAUGUACCUAUCGUCCAGAAACUCGUGAAUGCUUUAUUAAAGGAACUGAUUCUCAACCACUGAGUAACAAAAUUGGUAUUUAUUCAAGUUUCUGUGGUCAGUCGGUUUGUAUGUGGACACAAUGUCAUUCAUUAUUAGAUGGUUCGUCAUGUCCAUCAAAUUUAAAAACUUGUACAUGGGAAUUAUGCGAUGGUUUCGUCAAACGUGAAUAUUGUUGUAAUGAUUGUACAUAUACUGCACGUCAUGAAAAUAACUGGGGAAAAUGUCAUUCAAUAUUCGAAGGUUCAAUAUAUCCACCAGAAUUAAAGACUUGUACAUGGAAGUAUUGUGAUUGGGCAAAUAAACAAGAAUAUUGUGCUAACGAUUGUUCAGAAAAAAUAACUCGUUGCUAUUGGUCAAGAUGUCAUGAUAAAUUCGAUCUUGCAUCAGCUUGUCCAGAUGGAAUGGAAACAUCUCAACGGACACUUACGAACUGUAACGAUUAUAUUAUUUUACCUGGUUAUUAUCCACCAGUAUUCUCAAGAAAAGAUUAUUGUUGUGCUGAUGGUUUAAUUGGUUAUGAACAACAAUCAAAUGAACAAAAAUGUUAUACAUAUUAUGAUAUGAGUCAACGUGAUAAAACAUGUCCAACAGGUAUGUUUACAUGUAGUGGCGAAUAUUCGUCUCGAUAUUGUUGUACAAAUUCAUGUGAUAAUGGACUUGGGAAAUAA